AUGACUUCCUCCAGUAGCCCCUUGGAGCGCAUCCUAAGUCAAUGGCCCAUCGUCGACAAAAUACGAGAAAAGUGCGGUGUCGGGUCGAUCAGCGUUGGGGUUCUUCACCAAGGCGAGGUGCUCUUCACGGGCAGCACGGGCUAUCGAGACGUCGACGAGGAGGAAAAGCCGGACAUGCACACGCUCUACACACUCUGUUCCAUCUCCAAGACCUUUGUUGCCGCGGCGAUGGGCAUCUUGGUCGACCGAGGCAAGUGCGCAUGGACGGAUCCCGUUGGGCCAUAUCUCCCCGAGUUUAAAGCGAAGGAUGACCCUAGAGUGGCGACCGAGGCGACCUUUUACGAGUUCCUGCGGUAUUCGGGCGGUCUCGCCAACCCAGUCGUCACCAUCCUCGGCCCCGAGGGCAAGGUUCUCGUGCCGGAGAGGGAUUUUAUCAACCUUCUCAACGAUACGCCGACUGGGAGAGCAAGUUUCGGCCCUUACUAUAAUGCGACCUGGGAAUACAGCAACGUUGCAUAUGGGUUGAUGGCACUCGUGAUAGAACGCCUCAGCGGCAAGCGAUUUGCCGACUUUGUAUCCGAGGAGAUCCUAAAGCCGCUCGGAAUGAAUGACACUGCGGUGUACAAGUCUCAAGUCGCCUCCCAUAGCAACAUGGCACGUUCCUUCGUCCGGCUCUCGGACGGGUUAUGGUGCAAGCAGCCGGAGCAUGAAUGGACGGAUGACCGCAACACGCCUGUCCUCGCCAUGGUUGGCAUUCGAAGCUCGGUCAACGACCUGCUCAUCUGGUGCGCAGCUGCGAUGGAUGCACAGCGGGGCGAUGGCGACGCCUCCCAUCCGCUGGCCGCUCUCUCGGGGGUCGGCACCAACCCGCUGAGGGAGAUGCGUUCCAUCCUUGACGACGAGUACAUGUACUGGACCCGACCGCACAACGACGACCUGCAAAAUCCAUGCAACUACCACUUGUCGUGGCUGGAGUGCGUCAUGCCGUCAUCCAUGAUCCACUGGGGCUCCUGGAACAAAACGCUAGCCGACAAGGGCCAUGCGCCGCAGGAACAGAUCAACAGCCAGAUUCUGGGAAGGGAUUCACCAAAGCAGACUCUGUACAAGUGUGCUGGGGUAGGAUUCUGUGGGCUCGGAUCCAUCAACCUCUUUCCCGAUUCCAUGAGCGCCAUCGUGGUCAUGAGCAGUGGGUUGAACGCUGCAGACCCGAGCGACUUCACCGCGGCCUUGUUGAUGCAAGAGCUUUUCGACCUCAAGGGCCGCGUCGAGAUCAUGCCGAUGGUUUGCCGCGAAGUAGAUGUCCGUCUUGCCGAUUGGGAACGGAUCAUGGUGGACUGGAGGGCGGACCGCGAUGUUUCACGGCCGGAACAUCCCCCGGAAGUCUAUACCGGCAAGUAUGAAGGACUUGGGAUCAUCCUCGAAGUGCGGCAGCGGCAGCGGCAGGGCGGAGGCUUGGAAGUCGUCUUCAACGGGAGAGAGGAUAUCACGCAGGCGCUGGAACGGUACAACGAGGAUACGUACACCUACCAGCCCACAAGUCGGGACGAUUGGCUCCGCGGUGGCUGGCUGGACUGGGACUAUUACAUGGUCAGUGUCCUUCGCUUUCAUCGAGACGACGCGAACGGGCCAGUCACUAGUGUCACCUGGACUUGGGAAAGAGGGUGUGACCCCGCCAUUUUCAAGAAAAUAGAGGCUUAG